AAAAGUGAUGCCCGUAUCUGCAAAUUUCAGUACUCAUUACAUUUCAUGGAAUUGGUAAAUUUCAAGAAUAUGUAUAUAUAAUAUCAGGCCAUUUUACCGGCAGUUCAUCUUGCAAAAAAGUGCCGACAUUGACUCACUAUGCACUCUCUGAACUUUUCGCUUGCGGUAGCUAUCGCUUGUGUUGCAUUCGUCGUUACGCCUGCCUCGUCGAGGGCACCGCACAAGCUUGAACGGAACGUUACCGAUACGUUCGAGCUAUUCGACAAGUUUCCUUAUGUUGUACUUGUGUAUAGUUCAGGCGAAGACGCUGAAUUUCAAUGCCUGACCAAUAAGCGAACUGAGUUGGAUAUGCAAGCAAAAAAAGCCACGUACGUUUGGAUGUUCAAGGGUGGAAACGGCCGUACUAGAAAAAAUGUUGCUCUGCAUUUAUCUGCUGGAGAUGCACCGGACAGGGCUGUCUUCACCUUGGACGAUGACACCAAAAAUACCAAGGUUGCCCACUUUGUGUACACGGACUAUAAAGACUGCGUCAUUGUGGAGAUUCCCUACGACGGAGAUCAAUGCCAGCUCUGGGUUUCUAAGGAAGUAGAAGAUGACGUUCCCCAGCACUGCUUAGACCAUCUCGAGGAUAUUUGUGACGUCACUGAGGAAGAGUACUCAAAAGAGCUCUGCCAAAAUCAAGUGGAUGACAUCUGAAAAACAAAAUCCGGAAGAAAGGCACUUAUACCAUGCACAGUAUUGAAGUUGCUCAAAUAUACUCUUGAUGAACUAAAGUUCGAGAUAUUAGUGAUCGAAAUGAACGUCUGUUCUUGCGAAAUGGGAAAAGAUUGGUGCCGAGUAUUUGUUGCUCUUUUUGAAGAUAACCUGUCUUUUUUGUUUUGAA